CAGCCGGUGUUCAGACCUGCACUGCCUCCCGGGACAGACGGCACAGCAGCCACUACCGGAACUUGUGGUGUUCACCUGGACUCUGUAUUAAUUCUUUAUUGCUAAUUGUUUAUUUAUUAUUAUUAUUAUUAUUAUUAUUACAUGAGAGAUAUGAUGAUGACUAACGGCGGGACCAGAAGUCUGUGCACAGUGGAGGACAUCAGAAAGCAACAAUAUGACCAGGGGUGCAGGAGACUGCGGCUCACUCUGCAUGAGGACAACCAAGCGGCUCGCAGCUCAGGCCAGCAGCACAGAGAUAAGCCUGUUGGACGUGCAUUUGCGCUGGUGCAGCCCCCCAACGAGAGGGCGUUUCUGCCACCCCAACCUGUGAAAUCCUCCGAGGAGCAAGUGGAAGUCAUCAAGGUGUAUCUCGAGGCUCGCAGAGAAGAGAAUCAUAAACAGAAUCAGAGUCUGAAGAUGUUGUCAGAUGAAGUUUCACAGAUCCAAGAGGUGCGUUACUGCCUGAAGACACUAAGGGAGCAGAUGGCGUCCAAAAACAAGAUUCACACCAACGGUUGGAAGAUCUCGUCUCCAUUCAAGAAAAUGUCCUCAUCCAGCCAGAAAGCUGAACCCAAAAAUGUUGAACAGGAGGCAGACGACGAGGCGGAGAGGGCCAAGCUGAGAGAAGUGAGCAAGCGUCUGUACGCUCAGAUGCAAGACGCUGAGAAAAAGCAUCAGGAGGAGAAGGAGAAACUGCAGGCUGAAGGUAGCAUGCUGAGGGAGCGUCUGAGCGAGCAGGACGACAAGCUGAAGAGCACCAAGGAAGACGUGGAGAAGAAAGACCAGCGCAUAGAUGAGCUCCAGAGGUUACUGGGGGGCAUGGAGAAGGAGAGUGCCACCUUGAGGGAGAACAUACGCGAGCGAGAGGCGGAACUCCUUGAACUACGGCGCUUCAGAGAGGAAGGACCUAAGGGAGAGCAAAGGGCAGAGGAGUUGGAGAAGGAAGUUGCCAUUCUCAAGGAGAAGAUCCACCAUCUGGAUGAUAUGCUGAAAAGCCAGCAGAGGAAAGUCAGGCACAUGAUCGAACAGCUUCAGAAUUCUCGCAUGGUGAUCCAGGAACGCGAUCGCGUCAUCAAAGACCUGGAGGAGAAAGUGGCUUUGCUGGAAGCUGAGAACCGAGAGAUGCACGACCAGAUGGACUACUUCCUGGGAGGACAGAAAAGCACUUCUUAUCUGUCGUCAGAGAGGAACCCACAGAUCGUAUCCAGCAAACCGUUCAAGCUGUCCACCUCCUCCAACAAGCCACUCCCGUUCAUCAAGGUCAUCGAGAUCAAGUCGUGAGUGUCACGGGAGGCACCAAAGUGUUUUUUUUUUUUUUUGGUAUGUGGACUGAAACCAAACAGCAGCUCCGACCGACACACGGCGAUACCCGAGCUGAGCUUUUCACGACAAUAAGCCGUCUUGAAGGACGCACAGCACUCUUACUUUAACACGCUCAAAGUGCAGCAGGCUUUUUAGUAGACGAUGACAUUGUUUGUACUUAACCACAUAGUUUUAAAGGUAAGCACUAACUGAAAGUUAACGUGCAGAAAGCUGACAAAACUGCAUCGUAGAAGUGUCAAUGUUUGUCUCCACUUUAAAGCAUUUCAGUUGCCCGUCGUGAUGUAAAUGUGGUCUCGUGAAUGUUCUUUCAACUUGUAAUUUUCUAAACGCUAUCUACUUUGUAUUUAUUUAUAUUAUUAAAAGCUUUUGACUAAUUAAAA